AUGGACUCGAUCACUCGCAAGCCUUUGCCGAAUGAGCUUCUUUCCCGCUGGCGUCACAGUGCCUGCGACCGGGCGCCUGUAAUAGGUGCUGACAAGAUGUUCAAUCCAUGGCAGUUCCAGCAGGACCUCUCUGCUUUCGUCCCCAUGACCGGCUACAAUCCAUAUCCACUAUACUACCGUGACCCAAGAAUAGCGAAUGCUGAAUACGACAUAACGCAUAGCGCCUACCAACAGCAGCCCUGCGGUCCAGGAAUGCAACAACAUGCUUAUGCUCCGAACACGACUCUGGACUACGAAGUGAGGCGAUCGAAAGAUGACAGCAAUGCCUCUGACAAGCAGGACAAGCAGGACAAGGCCUCUACCGGCAACAUAGAGGCAAACGCCCCUCUUUCAAACGACCUUAAAGAAAGAGCAGCUCAACUGAAAGCCAAGCUCAUUGCUAACCGCCUAUCCAACAAGCGCUCCGGCAGCACCCACACUUCAGCCGACAUUGACGCUCUCAUUGACGAUGUAAAGGCAUCGAAGCCAACACGUAGUGAUAUGAAUGUUCACGAUGCUCACAAUACUACCCGCAAGACCGAGCAGCGUCCAGAGGCCAGUUCGCUCGCGCAUACUGAAGACGGCGGUGGAACGCUCCACAUAAGCUGCGUCGGAAGCGCGCUUCCCGGAACGACCUCCACCACUUUUCCCAAGACGGAGCGUAGACUUGGAGCAACUGCCAAGCGCAAGGAUGCCGCUCCCGAUAUCACUUUGCCAUCAAGGCAACGCCAGGGCAACGCUACCGUGAACACCAUGGCUCCCGACACUGAUAUGGAUGAUGAUGAUCUAAAGGACUGGCUCAACUUCACCGGCUAUCACGAUGUUGAAUACCGCAAAAACAAGCCGAGCAUAUUUCAUGCGGAGCAGAAGCUUAAUAAACAACACAAGGACCUGGAGAUCCAGCGGGUUCAAGCUUUUCGAGCAUCUGAGUUUGUAGAGCCGAGCCGCAGGGCUUUCUCAGUCAUGCCGCCGCUACAGCCACUGAUUAGUUCCAGCGCAAUCGAUGCUAACCGUCCGCGCGGAAUGACCGUUUCGAACGUCGCCAACAAGCAUGGACUGUCCUCAAAUAACACUAGUGCGCAAGGUGGAAGAGUAAGUAAGAUCAAUCUGGAGACGCGCAAUGACAAAGAGCGUGGCAGCCAUCGUGUUAUUGGCCAGAGCGAAACCCCUUCUUCCCUCCAUAACCGACCCCUUUCUUCCAGCACGCGCGACGCGUAUGCUUCCCGCUUGAGCUCAUCCGUCAGUCGCAGUGAGAACCGCCCGCAGACGAGGACCGAUUACCGCGACAACACGAGGUCAUAUAGAGACAGGAGCCCCGGCCCCGGCCGCAACCGAACUGCGUCGUUUUCCCGCGCCUCCCACGCUCGCCGGAGCAGAUCGCCGUCGCCGCACCGCCGCUCCUCGGACAAGUACAUGCCCAGCUACCACCGAGGCAUGACCUCGGGCCGGAACGACUAUCGCGGCAACAACGCCAUGGACAGUGGCCGGCUGCGCUCGCUGUCGCCGCGUGGACGUGGCUCCCGCGGCCGUGGCCGUGACCUCUUCAAGCGCGACCUCUUCGACCGUGACUACUUUGAGCGUGACCUCUUCGACUACCGACUCCCGCGGUCUCCUCCAAGUGGCCCCAGAGCCAUUACAGUGCGCGGGCGUGGCAGCCGCGGCAUCGGCGGUGGUGGGCUUGGCCGUGGGCUUGGCCGUGGUGGUCGUGGUCUAGGUCGCGGUCGUGCCGAGUGAGAUGUUUGGGUGUGGUUAUUUCGAUUCGCUACGAAACGGAUUUAUGAUUCAUGAAGGAUGAGAGUACGUGGCUAGGUGGGGUGUUCUUUUGGCUUGCUUCUUUGUAGUGAUACAGUAGUCUAUGGGGACUGAUGGCUGUCUGAUAGUUUGCUGGC